AUCUGUAGCAUCAUAGAAGGCUGCAUCAUUUCAACAGUGCUCGUGCGUAAGGAUAUCCAUCUCGUAAGCUAGUGUGUGUGAGUAUGCAUCAGCGCGCAUGUGCGGUAGUCUGCUGUUCGUCAGUGGCUGCUCGUGGAACACAUCAUGCUCACACACGCCACACCGCAAGUGGCAGGCAAGUUGCAGCAUCGGUAGCUGCAGCCCAACAAUUGGCAUAGUCACGCGGCAGUGGUAUAGCUCUAGCUCGUCGUUAUCUUUUCGCCCCGAUCCGCCACUGCUGCUGAUCCGCAGCUUGCCGUCGUUUAGCGAGAAACGAUAUCAUGGACGUCCGUCGCAGAGAGGCACCCAGAAUAUGCCCGAAGGGUCACACGUGAUGAUUCUAUUCCCGUUAAGUCAAUCGCAUUAGGAGUUUUUCUAAUGUCGGUUGGCGAUCCAAAGUGAGUUUCACUGAUUGAUAAGCAUUCACAACAUCGCACUUGGAUUGUGGCGGCAUCCCAACUGAUCUCUCUAACCUCGCGCUCA